AUGAAAAGCGUUGAAUGUCAAAAUAAUCCAUAUAAUUCGGAGGUCAAGCUGCAUGUGGCUUGUGACAAGAUAGCUUCUCUACUUUCAGUAAUAUCUUCUACAAGCAAUCCAGGUACAACUGCUUUGGUGGAUGAAGUAUUUGAUGAAUUGUUUAACGGAAAGGAGAAUGAUCAUAUUGAAAGUGAAGUGCAUGAUGUAAUGAUAGUAAAGGUCACUUGUGGAGUGUAUAGAAUGCCAAAUAGUAUCGAUUCGUUGGCAGAGAUACUGAAAAAAUAUGUUCGAGGCCUGACCCAUAUCAAUAUCUUAAGAGGACUGGGAAAACUUUAUUGA